UCGACUCGUUGCAUUAUUGCAAAUCUUGAAUAAAAUUUAAGUUUUACGAUAAAUGAAUAAAAUAUUAUUUAUAAUAUCACGAUCAAUCCAUCUUUCUACAAAUAUCUUUCUAAAGAGAGGCACAAAACCUGAUCAUACUCGCUGUAGAGAAGGCUUUGUACCUAAUUUUGAAAACAUUUUAAAAGCAUGUAAUGGUUACACACAUGAACCUUUAGAAUUCAGAAAGCUCGGUGGGAGAGAUAAAGAAUCUGGGCAGCGAAUAUGUAGAAGAGGAGGAGGUGGUAAAAGACAUUUUGUUUUAGUUGAUAGAUACAGGAUUUUAUUUAAUCAAAGUCCUAUGUUUGAAAAGGUGAUUCAAAUUAUAAAUAAUUACCCCUUACAUAGUUCAAACUUGGCAUUGCUAGCUGGUGGAACCAAAAAACGAUGGAUAAUUUGUACAGAAAACAUGAAAGUUGGUGAUGUCUUAAAAUCAUCUGGGAUUAUACCAAGAAUGCCUGUGAGAGCUAUAGAAGGUGAAGCUCACCCACUUGGUGCCUUGCCUGUGGGCACACUAGUGAACAGUGUUGAAAUGCGACCUGGCUGGGGAUCCAACUGGGCUAUGGCUGCUGGCACAGCUUGCCAGAUUAUUAGACAAGCUUCGGUCCAGGAUUCAGUAAAUGAUCAUGUAAUUCUAAGACUCCCUUCCAAGCAAGAGGUAAACCUGAGCCGAGAAUGCAUAGCUACUGUUGGCAGAUGUUCUAAUCCAGAACACAAGCACAUGGUCAUAGGAGGUCCUUUGCAAAAGAGAUAUCUAGGUUAUAGGCCAAGGAGUGGACUCUGGCAUAGGAAAGACGGAACCUGUGGACGUAAAAUAAGACCUCUCCCACCAAUACGCAUAUAUGAUAAGCUAACCUCGGAUAGUGGCUCUAGUGGAGGGCUGGUGAACGAGCUUAAACCUUCCUAUCAUGCCACGAACAAGUUCGCAGAUAUGGAUAAAAAGGACAAAAGGUACAAAAAUUAUAUGGCGCUCCAAAAAAGGAUGCAAUACAAGCGGAAAAAUUUGCUUAUAGCCUAUUACAAUAAUUUAAAUUCUCGGCCUUAUAUAUCUCCUGCUGAAAAAUGUCGACUAAUAUCGCUAACCCCUAGAUUUAUAAAUUUGGAUAGAUGAAAAUAUGCAUAUAUUUAUAUAUAUACUAACUUCAUGAUAUUAUUAUCUUUAUGAAAGGAUUUUAAUUUUUUGACCUGAUGCAGAU